GCCUCGCCUCCCCUGCGGGCAGACACACACCAGCGGUGGGAAAACCCAGCGUCCGGGACAGGCCCUGCUGCCGCCGCGGCUUCGGCGGAGGCCGGGGCGUGAGGAGAAGCGGCGGCCGGCGCCUCACGGGCCGCGCUGAGGGGGGAACUGGCCGAGAGUGCUGCGGGCGGAUGGAGACGCCCGCGCUCCCCGCCUGAGCCCCGGAGCGGGACGAGCGGGGCCCGCCGCCUGCCGCGGGAGCGGCCGCGCCAGCGACCGGAGGAGGAGCGGCCGCGGGCGCCGGGCUUCUCCCCGCCGGAGCCCCCAGCAUGGUUGACUAUAUUGUGGAAUAUGACUAUGAUGCUGUCCAUGAUGAUGAAUUAACUAUUCGAGUUGGGGAAAUCAUCAGGAAUGUGAAAAAACUCCAAGAGGAAGGAUGGCUAGAAGGAGAACUAAAUGGGAGAAGAGGAAUGUUUCCUGAUAAUUUUGUCAAGGAAAUUAAAAGAGAGACAGAGUCCAAGGAUGACAGCUUACCGAUCAAACGGGAAAGGCAUGGAAAUGUAGCCAGUCUUGUACAACGAAUAAGCACCUAUGGACUUCCAGCGGGAGGAAUUCAGCCACACCCACAAACCAAAAACCUGAAGAAAAAGACCAAGAAGCGUCAAUGUAAAGUUCUUUUUGAGUACAUUCCACAAAAUGAGGAUGAACUGGAGCUGAAAGUGGGCGAUAUUAUUGAUAUUAAUGAAGAGGUAGAAGAAGGCUGGUGGAGUGGAACCCUGAACAACAAGUCGGGACUCUUCCCCUCAAAUUUUGUGAAAGAACUGGAGGUAGCAGAUGAUGGUGAAGCUCAUGACGCCCAGGAGGAAUCAGAAACUGUUUUGACCGGAUCUACCUCACCUAUACCCUCUCUGGGGAAUGGGACCGAAACUGCAACUGGAUCAAUUACGCAGCCAAAGAAAAUUCGAGGAAUUGGAUUUGGAGAUAUUUUUAAAGAAGGCUCUGUGAAACUCAGGACAAGAACAUCCAGUAGUGAAACAGAAGAAAAAAAACCAGAAAAGCCAUCGAUCUUACAGCCAGGAGGAUCCAAAAGUCAGAAUGUGGAGAUAAAAACAGACAUUGAAGGUAAAAUAAAAGGAAAGGAAUAUUGUAGAACAUUAUUUGCCUAUGAAGGUACUAAUGAAGAUGAGCUUACAUUUAAAGAGGGGGAGAUAAUCCAGUUGAUAAGUAAGGAGACUGGAGAAACUGGCUGGUGGAAAGGUGAACUUAAUGGUAAAGAAGGAGUAUUCCCAGACAAUUUUGCUGUUCAGAUAAGUGAAGUGGAUAAAGAUUUUCCAAAACCAAAGAAACCACCGCCCCCUGUUAAAGGUCCAGCCCCAAAGCCUGACUUGAUUGCAGCAGAAAAGAAGUAUUUUCCUUUAAAACCUGAAGAAAAAGAUGAAAAAUCAGUGCUGGAACAGAAACCUUCUAAACCAGCUGCUCCACAAGUUCCACCCAAGAAGCCUACUCCACCUACCAAAGCCAAUAAUUUGUUGAGAUCUUCUGGAUCAGUGCAUCCAAAGCGACCAGAAAAACCAAUUCUGCCACCGCAUCCCUUAACCAAGAUUAAUGGGGAAGUUUCUACCAUUUCAUCAAAAUUUGAAACUGAGCUAGUAUUAAAACCAAAGUUAGAAUUUGAACAGUUGCCACCUAGACCAAAAUCAGUAGACUUUGAUUCACUUACAAUAAGAAGCCCUAGAGAACCAGAUCUUAUAAAUUUUGAUGACAUAGCUUCUUCAGAAAGCUUGCUACAUCUCACUGCAAAUAGACCUAAGAUGCCUGGAAGAAGGUUGCCUGGACGCUUCAAUGGUGGACAUUCUCCAACUCAAAGCCCUGAGAAAAAUUUGAAGUUACCAAAGGAAGAAGACAGUGCCAAUCUAAAGCCAUCUGAGUUGAAAAAGGACACAUCCUACUCUUCAAAGCCUUCUGUGUACCUUUCCACACCUUCAAGUGCAUCUAAAGGAAGUACAGCUGCAUUCCUAACUCCAUUAGAAACCAAAGCUAAGCUAGAAACAGAGGAUGGUAAAAAAAAUUCCCUGGAUGAACUUAGAGCCCAGAUUAUGGAAUUAUUGUGCAUUGUAGAAGCAUUGAAAAAGGAUCAUGGGAAAGAACUGGAAAAACUAAGAAAAGAUUUGGAAGAAGAAAAGGCUUUAAGAAGUAACCUAGAGGUGGAAAUAGAAAAGCUGAAGAAAGUUCUUCCGUCUUCCUGAGGUGGUGUGGACCCUAAAGUUCUGAUUGCUACAGGGAUUCAGAAGCAACACUGUGGACUUCAACUGACUUCUUACUUAACAAAUGCUGGUGUUGUGAUAAUAAAUGUUAGUGUAUGAACUAUAAUGUCUGUAGAAAAGUAAGGGAGGGUAAAAUUUUUUUAUAUAUAUUUUGUUUUGCCAAUAUAAAAAAAGAGGCCUUAUUUCUUAUUGUGCUGGGAUUGCAAACUUUUUUUUAUCUGUUUGCUUGAAAAUACUACUGAAUCUGUAUAAAAAGGAAAGAAAGUUCACAAUAGUUUUUUAUUGAAACUUGUAGUAUUGUUUUUAAAGAGAUCUAUGAAUAUGGUAAUAUCUUUACAAGUAAUCUGUAAGAUAAACUAUUUCAGAGGUUCAGAUUAGCUUUAUAGUAACUGUAGUCAUUACUUGCUCCAUGAUGCCUAAGGGAUGGACUUGUUGGGUGUGUGUAUGUAUUUACUUCUGUCACACUGCUGCUCCUGUUUGUCUGCAGUGCUGUUGAUACUGGGGGUGGUGAAGUAGGCCUACUAGCUGUAAGCCAGAUUACUCAGCCAUGCCUAAAGUGAUGACUAAUGAAACGAUCAAAAUAUUUCUUCAACUUUUAAAACAGUUUUAUAUUGCUUGCACUAUGGCAUUCAUAAGAGAAAUUUAGGUAAAAUGUUUUGACUGUAAACAUUUAGGGAAAUAUGAGCUUUAUUUUAAAUUUAUUAAGUCUAAAAUAUCUAAAAAUGUCAAUCUAACCCUUAACUUGUGCCUAGAAACUAUAGCACAUAUGAAAUAUGUACACACCAGCCUUAUUGCUGUACUUUUCUGCUUAUUUUACAAUCUCAAAUAUUACUCAUUCAUUAAUUCUUCGUGGUCCUUCCUCUGAUUUUUAGUUAAGUUCAUAUUAGGAACACAAAGCCCAAAUCUUUUCAGAAAUACAUGUGAGGUUUCAUACUUUAAGCUAUCAUCAUGUAAAUACUCAGGUUUUACAAUGGUAGAUCAAACUAACUCAAGGAGCUGUUACGGGCUAUCAUUUGUGUACCUGCUAGCUAUAGAAAGAGUGUCACUACAGGUUGAACAUCCCUAAACCAAAAGCCCAAAAUUGAAAAUGACACAAACUCUAAAAAAUUUUGAGCCUUAACAUGACACAAGUAGAAAAUUUUACAUAUCUUUUGUGAUGCUUUGUAGUCAAAAUACACACAAAAUAUUGUAUUAAAUUAUCUUAAGGCUCGGUAUAUAGGAGGGUAUAUUUGAAACGUAAAUGAAUUUCAUAUUUAGAUAUAGGUCUCUUUUCCAAGAUAGCUCAUUAUGUACAUGCAAAUACUCUAAAAACUUGGUACACUUAAUCACAAGAUUUGAGAUAAGGGGUAUUCAACCUGCAUGUCGUAAAGCAUAUCACUACCCCUUAUUUAAACCAAAUAUACUUCACCAUAGUCAAAAUGUUUUGAUAGAAAAAGUGAGUUGAUUUCACAGUCAUUUAUGAAUAGUUGAAUGCUUUAAAUGUAAUUGAUAACAUGUCUAAAAAUACAUUUGAGUUUACUUAAAUCUAUAAAUUGGAAAUGUUUUCAUUCACACAAAAAUACUUUUUAAAUUGUAUGAUAGCAGAUGAGUCCCAGUUAUGCUUCCAGUUUUUGGUUAUUCUAGACCACCAAACCAAUACUUUUUUCUUUUAUGCUUUUAAUCUCAUAAUACAGAAAUUGUGCAAAUGAAAGUUUGUCAUAUUAUUUGAAAUAGAGCUAGAGUAAAAAAUAGAAAUUCAGAUAUGUGAUUACUUAAUGUUUGAUUUACAACUCAUAUUUGUACUUCUAAAGAAAGUUAAUUGUGCAAUGAGUACGCAUAUUUGAAUUCUUUAACAUCUUUGGGCUCUUCUACUGAACAAAAUUGUUGCUUCACAUUCUGUUUAAUGAUGAUUUUGUUCUUAAGUAAAUUAGAUCUUAUUUUUCAUCUUCACGUAAAAAUUUAAAAACAUUGAUCCUAGAAACCAUCCUCCAGUUUUCCCUCUGGAAAAUCUGUUAAGUUAUCCCUCCCUACAUUAAUAGUGAGGUGGAUGUGUUCCAGCAGGUCACAGGCUUCUUGAAGUUUUUGUUGGUCAUUUUUCAGUUAUACAUAAAAUCAAAAUGGCUGUUUGAGUACUGGAAUAACAUUUAAAGUUUUUGCUUGUAUACCUCUCAACCAAAUAGAAAAGUGACUAAAGUACUAUUGUCUAUUUUUCUGCCCUUAACAAAAUAAUAAAGGAAAAUAAGCAAUUUUAAGGGAGAAAAUUACUCCUUUAUUGUAGCAGUUUACCAGUAUUGCUCUUGAUGUGGCAACAUUAUUAAUGUUUAGACUUAACUAACGCUCCUAUCACACAAUGAUAUGUAACAAAAAUAGCCUCACGUGAGAGAGAAAUAAUUUCACACACACACAUACAUAUAGAUGACAGUUUAAAGAUGAAUAGCAUGGAAUCUGUCAUUGCCAAACUUUUAGUGAAAGUAUAGUUCAGGUUUGCUAUUCUUUAAGACAUGUACUACUAAUUUCCUAAUUGUAUUUCAAUGUUACGUACGUACGUGCGCGUGUGUGUAUGUGUGUGUGUGAGUGUGUGUUGGUGUAUGUAUAUGAGAGAGAGAAAGAGAAACCAUUAAGCUUCUUACUACAAAUUGCUUGCCUCUUUAGAACUUCACAGAUUUUUACAGAAUUAAGUUGUAAGGAUUUUGUAAAACUGACAGUUAAAUCUGAGCUGAAGGAGACUGGGCCUUGUGUGACCAAGGAUUCCCUUUUAAUGCUCCAUACUGUUUAUCAGAGAUCAUAAAACAAUCCAAAUGCUCUCUAGAUUUUUUGAUAAACGUCUUAUGCUUGCAUUUAAACUUGAAGUGUGUGAAUAGAAUGAGACAAUCAGCUAAAAUCAGAAAUAAAAAGUGUUAUAAUCUAAUGGCCUUUUUUUGCUGUAGCAAUAAAAUGACCAAGUGCAAUGACUUGAUUUAAUAAAAUCAUCUUUUAAAAGUUGCUGCUAUGAAUAUUUCAGCUAUAAAGUUUUACCAUGUUUUAGCUUGACUCUCCUUCAAUAACUAUUAUGUAAUGCAAUUGAUGUGAUAAUUUAACAUUCCAAAAAUUUGCAUAUACAAAUACAUACAUAAAUGAGGAGUCUCAAAGUAGUAUUUCACUGACUUGUUUACAGGUGCUGUAAAAAAGCUUCUUUCUUCAAAAAGAAAAAAUUAAUAAUAAAAAAGAAUCGAAUUGCC